ACAUCCUCCACGAGGGGGACACUCCGCCGGGGAGAGACUACAUCCUCCACGAGGGGGACACUCCGCCGGGGAGAGACUACAUCCUCCACGAGGGGGACACUCCAUGCUCCCUAAUGGGCGCGCUCCUCGUGUAACAGGGGAGGACAUUCCACCAAGGGGGAGACUCCUUUCUGCAUGAGGGAAACACUACAUCCUCCACCCCUGAAGAAUCAAAAAAAUUCUUCAAACGUAGUGAACUUGCCAAGAAGGAAGAAGAGACGUAUUUGGAAAGAUGUGGCUACAAGGUGCAAACAAAAACAAAUGAUGAAGAUGCUGCUGCUUCAAACCCGGCGCUUGAACUGGAGCUUGCAGAAGAGAAGUUACCAAUGACCCUUUCCAGGCAAGAGGUUAUCCGAAGGCUACGUGAAAGAGGAGAACCAAUUCGAUUGUUUGCUGAAACAGACUAUGAGGCCUUUCAACGUCUUCGAAAAAUAGAAAUCUUAACUCCUGAAAUUAAUAAGGGUUUGAGAAAUGACUUGAAAGCUGCUAUGGAUAAGAUAGACCAGCAGUAUUUAAACGAAAUUGUCGCUGGUCAGGAACAUGGUGAAGAGGAAGGACAGAAUGACCUGAAAGUUCAUGAAGAAAAUACAACGAUUGAGGAGCUGGAGGCCUUGGGUGAGUCUUUGGGCCACGGUGAUGACUGUAAAGACAUGGAUACCAUAACCAAAGUUCUAAGGUUUCUUCUUGAUGUUUGGGCAAAAGACCUGAAUGCCAGGGAGGAUUAUUUAAAGUGCAGUGUUCAGGGUAAACUUGCUGGAGCCACCCACAAGCAGACUGAAUCUUACUUGAAACCUCUCUUCAGGAAACUUCGGAAGAAGACCCUGUCCCAGGACAUCAAAGAAUCCAUUACAGAUAUCAUCAAAUUCAUGUUACAAAGGGAAUACGUUAAGGCAAAUGAUGCUUACCUUCAGAUGGCCAUUGGCAAUGCUCCAUGGCCUAUUGGAGUUACCAUGGUUGGAAUCCAUGCCCGUACAGGUCGUGAAAAAAUCUUUUCCAAACACGUGGCACAUGUAUUGAAUGAUGAAACACAGCGGAAAUACAUCCAGGGCUUGAAACGGUUGAUGACCAUCUGCCAAAAGCAUUUUCCAACAGACCCAUCAAAGUGUGUGGAGUACAAUGCACUUUAACUAGCUAGCUUUUGAAUGGAACAUUUUCUAUAUUAUUCCUGGAUUGAGCUGUUAAGAGUCAAGCCUAUCAGGAGCUUCAAAGAAGAAUUUGUGGGGACUGUGCAAGUACUUCAAACAUCAAUGAAAUGUUCUUCAGAAAAGCACAAGCAUUAAAGCUGUAUGACCCCACAGUUGUGUUUGCUUAGUAUUAAGUAACUUAUAAGCAUCUGCAUCCAAUUGUUUUUAAUUACCCUUCUGGUAAUUCAAACCCAUUUUUUUGAUAAUUAAGUCUCGUGAAUAGAAAUAUGCUCAGUCUUUGGGAAAAUACUUUGAAUUCAAGGUUGUGUUCACACAGUACUUUUAAAUAAAAUGUAGGGCUAUUGAAUAUUUUCUGUCAUUGCUUUGGUGGUUUUGUCUGAAUCAUCUGUAAAUUAUUGUAACCUGAUUUCUGAACUUGGUGUAGUUUCAGCCAUUCUUACUGGCCAUUAAUUCAUGAGAAUUACAUUGUAUGUUUUGCCCAGGUACUUGUCGUUUUCGUGAAACCGACAAAUAAUUGCAUUUUCUUUAGCAGUUGAAGGUACUAUUGACCUACAUUUGUUGUGCAUCAUAAUUGUGAACCAUUCCAUGUUACAUCCAAAUGCAUUUGAGGCAGUCUGCCCAUCCUAAAUGUGAAUUGGUAUUUUGGACAUUCUUCAAGCUGCUCUUAGACCAAAUCAUCUUGCUUGUGUUAUCAUGUCAUGCUUUUGUUCUUUGUGUCAAGUUUGUUUUCGGAGGCCCUCAUGGACUUGCUGCAAUAACAAGACACUCAGCUAUUUAGAAAAACACAAAUCCUUUUAUUACCAAGCAAGUAUAAGCUGUGGAGAAUCACUAUACUUAACCCGGCACAGAGUGCAGAGUCUCACAAGUAAUUCUCCCCGAGCAGGGGACGGUCCCCGCUUUUUAUACUUUAUAAAAGACAUGAUACAUAAAACAAUUUCACAAUUUACAAUGACAUGAUACAUUAAACAAUUACUACAACAGACAGACAGGAUACCAAACAACUAUUACAUCAGAGGCGGCAUGGUGGCUCAGUGGUUAGCACUGCAGCCUCACAGCGCCAGGGACCCGGGUUCAAUUCCAGCCUUGGGCGACUGUGUGGAGUUUGCACGUUCUCCCCGUGUCUACGUGGGUUUCCUCCGGGUGCUCCGGUUUCCUCCCAUAGUCCAAAGAUGUGCAGGUUAGGUGAAUUACCCAUAGUGUUCAGGGGUGUGUGGGUUAUAGGGGGAUAGGUCUGGGAUGCUUCAAGGGGUGAUGUGGACUUGUUGGGCCAAAGGGCCUGUUUCCACACUGUAGGGAAUUUAAUCUAAUAAGAACAUAAAAGACCAGGAUAUAGUAUCUCUCUGAUGAAGGGCCUAGGCCCGAAACAUCAUCUUUUGUGCUCCUGAGAUGCUGCUUGGCCUGCUGUGUUCAUCCAGCCUCACAUUUAUUAUCUUGGAAUUCUCCAGCAUCUGCAGUUCCCAUUAUCUCUAGGAUAUAGUAUCGAUUGCUAGUGAAGUGGCUGCUAAUGGCAGGAGGCAAUUUCAAGUUGUUAUCGGGACAGAUUGUGAUUUCAAGUUGCCGGUGUGUCUGGCUAGAACAAAGUCAGCGCCCUGGCCCCUUUGUCAGCAACAGAAGCUACAUGCUUUAGAGGUCUCACAGCUUUACAAAUGUUCCCCACCUAAUCCUAUUUGAAACAGUUUAAUUCUAAUUUUAUUCAGUCAGGAAGCUUAAGACAGUGUCUGCAUACCAAUGUGUGGGAAGCUGAGUUACAAAAGCCUUACACUGAAUUCCUAGCUGGGCAGGAAGCUUCAGGGCAGUGCCUGCAUACCUAUGUAUAGGUAGAUAAAAGACUUUAAUUUAUAGAAGUAUGGAAAUCGAUGGGAUGUUAUCACAUUAACAUCUCACUUGCGUCACUUUAGGCUGCAGAGUUUAAAUUGUUUUUGUUUUGUAAAAAUACUGUGUAAAUGCUUCUGUGUUCAUGCUGUCUCAUCUUGCUUGUAACUUAAUGACUGAAACCUGAUGCUGUAAAUAAGGACUUUCUCUUGGAUAUCGUUUUGAUAUCUCGAGUAUUGUAUAUACCUGUAAUGGUUAAGCUUGCAAUAAAUGCUCCUUUUAAAUUUU